GUGGCUGGGGCUGGUGGUCUGGGCACCCACGUGGGCUGGGCUUCAGGUUGACUUGGUGCUGCCGCCGGCGGGAGCCGAGCUGGGCCGAGGCGCCAUGGGGAAGCUGCGCCGGCGGUACAACGUCAGGGGGCGCCAGCAGGCGGGCCCCGGCCCCUCCAAGGGCCCCCCCGAGCCGCCCCCUGUGCGGCUGGAGCUAGAGGACAAGGGCACAUUGAAAGGAGUUGACGCAAGCAACGCACUGGUUCUGCCGGGGAAGAAGAAAAAGAAGACCAAAGCCCCUCCCCUGUCGAAGAAGGAGAAGAAGCCUCUGACCAAAAAGGAGAGGAAAGCGCUGCAGAAAAUCCUGGAACAGAAGGAGAAGAAGAGCCAGCGAGCAGAGAUGCUACAGAAGUUGAGUGAAGUGCAGGUUUCAGACACAGAGAUGAAACUCUUUUAUACCACAUCCAAGCUGGGCACUGGGGACCGCAUGUACCACACCAGAGACAGGAAGCCUGAUCAGCUCCCAGCCCAGGGCCCGGAGAGGUUCAGCAGCCUCAGCGGGGCCCACCGGAAGCGUCGUCGCUUGCCUUCAGCAGAGGAGUCCGAGUCCUCAGAGGAGUCUGAGCCAGAUGACGCCCCAGCCAUGGAGCAGGCUGAGGCUGGUGCGGGGACAACAGCAGCGCACCUGCCACCAGCUCCCCUGCAGGCCGCGGACGAGAGCCCGGCGCCCCGCACUCGGGCCCCGCCAGCCGGGACUCCCGCUCCUCCGGCAGCAGCCUCCGCCCCGACCAGGGCCCCGGUGAAGCCCGCUGUGUUCAUCCCCGUGAACCGCUCGCCGGAAAUGCAGGAGGAGCGGCUGAAGCUCCCGAUUCUCUCCGAAGAGCAAGUGAUCAUGGAGGCCGUGGCUGAGCACCCCGUCGUCAUCGUGUGUGGCGAGACCGGCAGUGGGAAGACCACGCAGGUGCCGCAGUUCCUCUACGAGGCGGGCUACGGCAGUGACAACAGCGUCAUCGGCGUCACGGAGCCCCGCCGAGUGGCUGCCAUAGCCAUGUCCCAGCGAGUGGCCAAGGAGAUGAAUCUGUCGCAGCGAAUCGUCUCCUACCAGAUCCGGUAUGAAGGAAAUGUGACCGAAGACACCAGAAUCAAGUUCAUGACGGAUGGUGUGUUGCUCAAAGAAAUCCAGAAGGACUUCCUGCUGCUGCGGUACAAGGUGGUGAUCAUCGACGAGGCCCACGAGAGGAGCGUGUACACGGACAUCCUCAUCGGCCUCCUGUCCCGCAUCGUGUCCCUCCGGGCAAAGAGGCACCUGCCGCUGAAGCUGCUCAUCAUGUCAGCCACGCUGCGGGUGGAGGACUUCACCCAGAACCAGCGGCUCUUCCCUGAGCCGCCACCGGUCAUCAAGGUUGAAUCCAGACAGUUCCCGGUGACGGUGCAUUUUAACAAGAGGACGCCGCUGGAGGACUACAGUGGCGAGUGCUUCCGGAAGGUCUGCAAGAUCCACCGCAUGUUGCCCGCGGGCGGCAUCCUGGUCUUCCUGACGGGGCAGGCAGAGGUGCACGCGCUGUGCCGCAGGCUCAGGAAGGCCUUCCCACCCCCCAGGGCCCGGCCGCAAGUCUCUUCCCCUCUCCCAGGAAAGGAGGAUCAGGAAGACUCGGUAGAAGAAAUGCGGAAGUUCAAGAAGUCGCGGGCGAGGGCCAAGAAGGCGAGGGCUGAGGCGUUGCCCCAGAUCAACCUGGACCAUUACUCGGUGCUGCCGGCUGGCGAAGGCGACGAGGACAGGGAGGCGGAAAUGGACGAUGAAGAGGGCGCCGUGGGCUCCGACCUCGAUCUGGACCUGGGGGACGAUGGGAUGGACGGAGGUGAGCAGCCGGAUGCCUCCCUCCCCCUCCACGUGCUUCCGCUCUACUCCCUCCUGGCCCCCGAGAAGCAAGCACAGGUCUUUAAGCCUCCCCCGGAGGGGACACGGCUAUGUGUCGUGGCCACCAACGUGGCCGAGACGUCCCUGACCAUCCCCGGUAUCAAGUACGUGGUGGACUGCGGGAAGGUCAAGAAGCGCUACUAUGACCGCGUCACUGGCGUGUCCUCCUUCCGCGUCACCUGGGUGUCCCAGGCGUCGGCCGACCAGCGAGCAGGCCGGGCAGGCCGGACAGAGCCCGGCCACUGCUACAGGCUGUACUCAUCUGCGGUGUUCGGCGACUUCGAGCAGUUCCCGCCUCCAGAAAUCACCCGGAGGCCCGUCGAAGACUUAAUCCUUCAGAUGAAAGCUCUCAACAUCGAGAAGGUCAUCAACUUCCCCUUCCCGACGCCUCCCUCCGUGGAAGCCCUCAUCGCUGCCGAGGAUCUGUUGAUCGCGCUGGGUGCCCUGCAGGCGCCCCAGAAAACAGAAAGGGUGAAGCAGCUGCAGAGCUCCCGGCUGAGCCGCCCCAUCACCGCGCUGGGCAGGACCAUGGCCGCCUUCCCCGUGGCACCGCGCUACGCCAAGAUGCUGGCCCUGAGCCGGCAGCACGGCUGCCUGCCCUACGCCAUCACCAUCGUGGCCGCCAUGACAGUCCGCGAGCUGUUCGAGGAGCUGGACAGGCCGGCCGCCAGCGAGGCGGAGCUCGCCAAGCUCAAGGGCAGGCGGGCCCGGGUGGCCCAGAUGAAGAGGACCUGGGCAGGGCAGGGGGCGUCUCUGAAGCUCGGCGACCUCAUGGUGCUGCUGGGUGCCGUGGGAGCCUGCGAGUACGCGGGCUGCACGCCCCGGUUCUGCGAGGCCGGCGGGCUGCGGUACAAGGCCAUCAUGGAGACGCGGCGCCUGCGGGGCCAGCUGACCACUGCAGUCAACGCCGUGUGCCCUGAGGCCGGGCUCUUCAUGGAUCCCAAGAUGCAGCCGCCCACCGAGAGCCAGGUGACCUGCCUGCGGCAGAUCGUGACGGCCGGCCUGGGCGACCACCUGGCGCGCAGGGUCCAGAGCGAGGAGCUGCUGGACGCCAAGUGGAGGAACGCGUACAAGACCCCUCUCCUCGACGACCCCGUCUUCAUCCACCCCAGUUCCGUCCUUUUCAAAGAGCUCCCGGAGUUUGUGGUCUACCAGGAAAUCGUGGAGACCACCAAGAUGUACAUGAAAGGUGUCUGUGCCGUGGAGGUGCAGUGGAUCCCCAGCCUGCUGCCCUCCUACUGCCAGUUUGACAAGCCCCUGGAGGAGCCGGCCCCCGCCUACUGCGCCGAGACGGGUCGGGUGCUGUGUCACCGGGCCAGCACAUUCUAUCGCGUCGGCUGGCCCCUCCCCGCCGUCCAGGUGGAUUUUCCGCAGGGAAUUGACCGCUACAAGCACUUUGCCCGGUUUCUGCUGGAAGGGCAGGUCUGCCGCGGGCUGGCCGCGUACCAGGGCUGCCUGCUGUCCAGCCCCAGCACCAUGCUGAAGACCUGGGCCAGGCUGCAGCCCCGGACGGAGAGCCUCCUGAGAGCCCUCGCCGCGGAGCGCGCAGACUGCCGCGACGCCCUGCUGGCCGCCUGGACGAGAAACCCCAGAUACCUGCUGGCCGAGUACUGCGAGUGGCUUCCGCAGGCCAUGCACCCCGACAUCGAGAGAGCCUGGCCGCCCACCUCCGACCCCUGACCCACACCUGGCUGCAGGCCGAGGACUGGUUCGGGCACCCCCUGAUGUGGGCCCUGGCCCCUGCCUGAGCCCGGGAGGCAGGCCGAGCCCCGGGUCCUGGGUCAUCCCAGCCUGAUUCUGCGCAGAGCUUGCCCUGCGCCAUCGAGCCCAGGGGUGGCUUUUCCGUAACUAUUUAUUACACAGUGGGUGAUGAUUUCAUCUCACGUGCUGGUCCGUGUCUCACACGUGCCCUUUGGACUACGCUAGUCCCAGCAGAGCGGCAGCGCUGGGCACAUGCAGGCCCCUCCCCACUCCCCUUCCGGAAGGCAGGAGCGUCCCCCACCCCCCGUGUUUCUUUCUCCCCUCAGCAGGGAAGCCCCCAGGGGUGCCCAGCACCCCGGCCUGGCCUCAGAGCCAUCCUAGACAUCAGCGAGGCUCUGAGUUCUGCUCCAGCCUUGGGAGGCUGCCCGGCCCACCCCCAGACCCCAUGCCUUCCUGGAAGGUUGGCCGUCAGCACCUUUCCUGUGUUGUGGCCACACAGAGUAGACAUCAUUCCCUGGGUGGUCUCUCAGACACCAGGGAGGGGAGCUGACCUUGUCCGUCGUCCGUGGUCACUGGAACUGGGGCCGUGCGACUGUUCUGUCAGCCUUGAAUGAGGACCCCAGACACCUCAUUUUGCCUCCCUCUCUCCUCCGUGGCAGAGGUGGAGGGGACAAGGGCAGGGGUAGGUGCCCAGGUGACAAAGGGACAAGGGGGCCCCUGCCCCCCCCCCCAGGGAGGGGCUUGGACGUCUGCCCAGGCCGAGCUUGGAUCUGGCUGGAUUCUGCAUCUGCAGCUUCAGCGGGGACAGAGUUGUGAAAUAAAAAUGUUCCCGCACCCACAG